UCUCCGCCUCCACCCCAGCUCUCUAUCUCUCUUUUCUCUCGCGCUCGACUGGCUCCCUACAAAGACGAGGCGAGGACGGCGGAAACCGCCUCCCAAAACCCGCACCCGCUGCCCCUCCGCCCCCUCCCAUGUCGGGCCCGCGUCCCGCCGCCGCGCCGAACCCUAGCUCCGCGUCGCCCUCCCCGCCCCCUCCCCCGCCGGCCGCCGUCGCCAGGGUCGCGGCCAGGGUGCGCGAGGAGGGCGAGGUCUCCUCAGGCCCCUCCGACGACGAGGCUCUGCAAUCUCAGCUGUUAGCUCUAUCCAAUGCUGGGAAAUAUGUGCAGGCUGCUGCUCAAGUGACGUUGGCAACUUUCCCUGGUAAAGGAGGUAGUAGUUUGAGUCUCUCAAAUGUUCUUCCUCAGAAAACAGUUGCUCCAAGUUAUAAGAAGACCUUGAGGGGGAAUCAAGGGCAAUUCAAACUUGGCACCAGUCGUAAUCUUGCUUGGUUGAAACCUGUGCCAAGUGAUAACUUGGUGAUAAGUUUCUCUGAUGAUGAUAUUGAGACCGACCCUGGAAUGUCAAAGCAAGUUGGAGGUAAAGGUAGCAAAGCCAGCACACAAGUUACACAUAAACCUGGGAUGAGUGUGCAAACUAGACUUAUGAGAGAGGAAGCACCCCAACAAAAGAUCCAUGCUGCAAACAUAGGAUCCACGAAAUGGUCUGCUAAUGCACACACACUCAGAAACUCGGCGGCAGGUAGGGGCUCAGGUGCUACCUUUUCUAGAAGAGAGCCACCUAUUCGUCAAGUUACACCUCUGAAGUCUUCCCAGAAGGAUGGAACUGGUAUGGGAGUAAAGUCAGCAGAUGACAAGUUGGAAAGUUUGCGCCACAAAAUUGCUGCUAGAGAAAAUGAGUUAAAAGUUCAGAAAAGACCGAUAUCACCUGGUUUUGUGAAGGAAGCUGACUACUCCACUGAUCAGACAAGGCCACCUUUGGAGAAGAUAGGCUUUGAAGCUUCCAACAGUGGUCGGCAUGCUCACCUUGACGGUCCAUUUGGACAUGAUGGCAGACCAGUUAAAAGGCUGAAGCCCAAUCAGCAGUGUUUCGAUAACCAAGUAGGAGGUGAUUUGGUAACACUGGUAACACCUGGAAGUUCAUUGGGAAAUGAUAAUGUACAAUCUUCUGAAAGAAGGGAUCACAUUGAAAAUGGAAUCACCAUGAACUGUAAAGGUAAUGAGACAGAACAUGCCAUCACAACAGAAUCCUCAGAUCAAAUGCAUAUUGGUGGUACUGCUAAGAACCUUCUGUCAUCAAAAAGUCACCACAUGGUUCUACAAGAUGGUGGCAACCAUGCCAUGGUUGAAUGUCAUAGCAAGCUUGCAGGGCCACCAUUUACUAGUGAGCAACCUAUGGCUGAAGAUACCAGUGCUUUGGUUCCCGUUACUUCUGUACCAGCAGGGGCCAAUGUAGACAGGUCAUCUCUUCAUGCCAAGGACCAUAUUUUUUCUACCCAGGAUUGGCAACAAGUAAAGCCUGUUGAUACUUCAACUGUGUCAAAUGAAAGGCUGCACUUGCAGCCUGGAAUGGAGAAUGCUGAUCUCUUAAACCGGAGCGGCCAGGUGGGUAUAAGAGGCCAGAACACAACAUUGCUCUCUCUGCUUGAGAUGGAGGAACUCCAAGACAGGGAGUUGGAGGUUGCUCAGGAGCAUAGGCGAAAAUGUGAAGUUGAAGAAAGAGAAGCUCUCAGAGCAUAUCGCAAAGCACAAAAAGCUUUAAUUGAGGCCAAUGAAAGAUGUACCAUUCUUCGUGGAAAAAGAGAAGUUUGCUCUGCACAAGUCCAUGGUUUGAUUGCAGAGAAUUCUUCUUUGGCGCAGUGUUCAAAUAUUCAGAAUGCUGGACGUGGCUUUGUAAUGCCGUCACUACUCAACUCUCAGUUCCAUGCAGAUCUUCAGAUGCCUGAGAUCUGUGGUGGUAGGUCUAGCAGUCCAUACCAAGAUGAACCUCCUCAACAGCCGGUGGAUAAGCACGAGGCACGCUCACGCCAUUGUGAUGAGCUUGCUGCUGGCAUUGCUGAUCCAAAAUUUGCGAGUACUGUCCAUGAUAACAGUGAACCUUCACAUUACAGGGAAGAGGAUCUCCUGUUCUCUUCUAAGCGGGCUAGAUCAGAAUGCACUUCAAAUCUGGAGAAUGAGGAAACUAUACAUGCAUAUUUGGAGGAAAACAGAGAGCCUUCUGGUGAUAACGGUCAGGACUAUGAACUUUUAGAAGCUUCUUUGAGGUCCAGAUUGGUGCAAAAAUUUGCAAGGAAUCCACAUCUGAAUAACUCUGGAGAAGUCACUGAAGAGCAUUUAGAAGUAACGGAACAAGGCAAACAACCUGCAAAUGUUGAACUUCAGUUACAGGAUGCUGAUGAGAUUAUGACAAAUCCUGAAGGCACAGCGGAACUUGCAAAUGAUGGCGCUGAUUGUGUUGAAAAGAUGUCUGGACUAUCUAAUUCUAGUAAUGCUCUUUCCAUGGGCAACUGUGAUCCUGAGGACAAUAUUUCCUCUCUUGGAGAAUUAUGCGCGCCAUCAAGUGUGAAUUCUCUCAUUUUUCCUUCUUCAGCGCCACUAAAUGCUGCUAAACACAUCAAGUGGGUAGUCCAUGGCUUCUGUAAAAAUGAUUCUAUAACCAGCAAUGUAGCAUCUGAUGCAAUGGUAAGUGGACAGUAUAUGAUACAAGACCGCGUUGAAGAGAAUUUGAAGAUGGUCUCAACAGCUACAAAGGAUAAGGACAUGGUGCACAGUGGGAUUGAUCCCUUCUGGCCCUUCUGCAUGUUUGAGCUCCGAGGAAAGUGCAAUGACGAAGAGUGUCAAUGGCAGCAUAUUGAGAAUCAUGCUUGGAGAAAGUCAAAUCACACAAAACAUGCCAUGUCUUCUGUUUCAGGUCGGAGUCCUUAUGAUCUGUUUCAGCAUAUUCUGCCAGUGCCAACAUAUCGUGUUGGUUCAAAUCUUAUUAGAGCCGAUCUGAACUUAAUGCAGUCGGUGCUGGCUAGCAGUAUAUGGCAAUAUUGGCAAAGGGGGUUUUGCGCUUCCUUUCCUUUACCUUUGUCAGUUCAGAGAGUUCUUCCAUCAGAUGCACCAUUCUUACAAGCUGGUGAUGGUUCGAUUGCAGAUUUUGAUAGGAACAGACAGCUAUCAAAUUUGCGAAUGCUGGAUGGUAGGAAGAAUAAGAUUGUACAUGGAUCUGUUGAUGUUGAGCUUUUCUUAGAGGCUGCACUUGGUUUAUAUUGUGGGAAAGUAAACAAACCUGACAGGCUCAAGGCUCUUUUACUUCUAGCACGUUCCAUUGAGGCUGAUCCAAGCACAGUUAUUCUGUGGGUGUUUUAUCUUCAUAUUUACUAUCAAAAGGAUGAAGGUCUUGGGAAAGAUGACAUGUUUUCCCAUGCGGUGCAACACAAUGUUUACUCCUACGAAUUAUGGCUCAUGUAUAUUAAUAGUAGGUUGCGCUUUGAUGACCGAUUGGAUGCUUAUAACGAUGCUCUGAGUAUGCUCUGCCAAAUGCCAGCUGAUGCUGACAAUGAAUUGAAAGAUAGGAGUGCCUUCAUCCUAGAUAUUUUCUUACAGAUGAUUUACUUCCUGUGCAUGUCUGGAAAUGUAGAUAAGGCUAUUUCUAGGAUAUAUGGGAUUCUACCUGCUGCAACCGCUGACUGCUCUGGCGAGAAGUUACUUUCGGAUGCCAUAUCUUGCUUGACCGUGUCUGACAGAUGCAUAUUUUGGAUUUCAUGCCUGUACAUCUCAAUUUAUAGGAAGCUUCCAGAGGAAAUUUGCGAUCAGCUAGAAUUUCCAAAAGAUAUACCUCGCAUGUUAGUAUGGCAUCCUAUUGAACUUAGGGUAGACAACAGACGUCAGGUUACAGAACUAUUGAAACAUGUUGCUGAUAAGAUGUCUCUAGAUAUUAACGAGACUGUUAAAAAUGGGGAUCCGUCUUACCUGAAAUUGUCACAAUUCCUCGCUGUUAACCACAUUAGUUGUUUAGCUGCUCUUGAAGGCUUGCAAUCUUCUGUUGAUAUGCUGAUGAAGUAUAUGAAGGAGUACCCAAUGUGCCCCAAUAUUCUUCUUUUCGCAGCUCGGAUAUGUCAAAAGUAUGGUACAUGUCCUGGUCUGAAAGGGUUUGAUGAGUUGCUCAUGGAUUGGCCUAAAGAGGUGCAAGGAGUUCAGUUUCUGUGGAAUCAGUAUGCUGAGCAUGCUUUGGCAGAUAAUAGUGAGUUAGCUGAGAAGAUUCUGGCUCGCUGGUUUGAAGAAUAUGGAAAAGAUGGUGAUCUCCAUUCUAGUGCUGCUGUUUGUAUGGCGGAAGUUGGUAAUGAAGUGUCCGAACAACCAUCACUAGCCUAUACACAAGAAGUUUGUUCUGGUCCAUCUGCAUCUGAAGAUCAGGUCUAUUGGUUGUUAAACCUCUCACUGUACAGGAUGCUAGAGAACAACCUACAGGAAGCACAAGUUGCUGUGAACAAAGCAUUGAAGUUGGCCCGAGGGGAGAGCUAUGAGCACUGUUUAAGGGAGCAUGCUGCAAUUAACAUGCUAGAGAGACCAUCUUGUACAGACACUCAAGCUCGAGCUACCUUAAAUCUGAUCAGUGGUUAUCUUGCAGACCUUCGGAACUUACCUGUGAAGGAACUGCUGUCUCGAAGGUUUAUCCAAAAUGUUAAGAAGCAUAAGCUUAGGCAGUUGAUAGAUGACACUAUAGGUCCAGCUUCUGCAGAUUCUUCAGUGAUAAACUCAACCCUUGAGGUGUGCUAUGGCCAGUCCCUCCUUCCAGAAAAAAUAGGCGGAGUAAAAUACCUUGUGGAUUUUGUUGAAUCAGUUAUGGAGGUUCUUCCUGCAAACUACCGCCUAGCUCUGGCAGUUGGCACAUUUGUGGUUAAACAUUACAAGGGCGCUGACCCUACCUCGAUGGGUACCAGGUUCUGGGCAAGUUCUGUUCUGAUCAAUGCCAUUUUCCGUGCUGUACCCGUCGCACCAGAAUCAGUAUGGAUAGAAGGUGCCAAUCUCCUGGAGAAACUGCAGGCUGCUGAGACGGUGAAGCGGUUCCACCAGCAGGCAACAUCAGUGUACCCCUUCUCAUUCAAGCUGUGGCAUGCUUACUUGACUGCCUGCAAGGCCAGUGGAAGCAACACGGAUAGCAUCACAGAAGCCGCUAGGCAACGAGGCAUCGAGCUGAAUGUAAUGCCACCCUAGUUUUGCCCCUUUGAUCUGAAGCUGUGGAAUUAUCCAGGUGGAAGCUGUAGUUUAGUGUUGUGCUUACUGGAAGUGACGUAGAUACGUGGAAUCGGUGGUGGGAUUGACAACCAGGUGGAGGCUGUAGCUAGUGUUGUCUGUUUACUGCAAGGGACAUGGCAUAUAUGGAGAUGAUGUUGGUGGUGAUGAUGACGAUGGAGAUGGUUUUCUUUUUGUUUGGGCAGGCAACUUCAUGGCGAUGAGACCAGAUCCGGUUGGCAGGUUGAUGAUGAAGGAUACCAGGCACAUAUAUAUGGGUUUACUGGCUUGCUUACCCACCCUACACAGAGGGGCGUUUCUUUCUGGCCGACUUGAGAACGAUGUUGAAGGCAGAUUUCUGUCUUAAAGUUUUAGUCUUAGCUUCCGCUGUUGAUGUGUAUGACCCAUAACUGUUGUUUUAAAUCGCCAUCGUCGAUGGAUAUGAAUGAGAAUUUUUGUUUA